AUGCAUUAUAACUUAAUAAAGAGCAAGAUUAAUACUAAUUAUGUAAUAGAUCCAUAUGUAAGUAUGUUAUAUUUGAAAAGAGCAUAUAAAUAUCUACAAUUGUUAAAAAAAAAUAACGGAAAUAUCAUAAUAUUAGGAAAUAAAUUUAACGAAAUAAAAUUAGAAAAUUAUUUUAAAAAUAUUGAACAUAAAGAGAAAUGUGAUUUAAAUACUUUAACAAAUGUAACAAAAUCUUAUGACUUAUUAAUAUGUACAGAUCUUCCAUUGUAUUAUUCACAUAUUAAAAAUAUUUUUCUUCCUAAAAUGUUAAUAGCAGAUGGAUAUAGUUUUGUUAAAAAUAAAAAUUAUUUGCAUAUAUUUGAUUAUUUCAUCCCACUAACAAAUCAAAAAUUAGAUAAACAUUUACAUUAUGUUUUAUCUAAAAAGUAUUUAUCAUAG